AUGCGAAGAGCCAAAGCAAAGGGGCGGAGUCUGGAAGAAAAAAACAAUAAAUUUGGGAGAAAAGGAGGAGAGAUGUAAAUAAAAUAAAAAUACAAAUAUUAAAAUGAAAUGAUAUUUCGAAAUGACGUGUUUCCUAUUAUUUCUAGGUCACGUUUUUUCACGCGCAAAAAAAAUAAUCAACGAAAAAACAGUUCAUAUAAGUGCAUCUCUACUUUGAGGUAAAUUGAGACAACCCAAGACGAGAGAGUGUGGAAAUCGAGGAGAAAUUAGAGAAUAAACAAUAGCUCAGAGAAAUAGUAUGGUUACCUGUUGAGACACAGACACACACCAUCAAUUUUUAUUGAUUGCGUUUUUCUUGUUUUCUUCUUGAUUUUUUUCGAAUAAAAUGAAUUUCCGCGUCUUGUGAAUUGAAGACACGUGAGACGUCCUCCCAUGUGGUCUAGUGGUUAGGAUUCGUGGUUUUCACCCACGCGGCCCGGGUUCGAUUCCCGGCAUGGGAAGCUUAUUUUUUUCUCUUUUUUUACAAAUUAAUUUUGAUUUUUUUGUAGAAUGGAAUUCGAAACAUUGAUAAAUCCACCUCAAGCAGUAUUUGAACAAAUUGUUCGUUGGACAGGAGAAACUGAAGAUUGGGGAUUUCAAUUGGACGACUAUCAGUUUUGGUCAACAAGUUUCGACAAAUUCUGGUUGUUUACAGUGGUCGAAAAAGGUUAGUUGUCUUCCUUAUUUGGUCAAUCAAAUGACCCUUAUCCAAACACUCGGAAAGGACAAUACACAAAAAAAUGAAGAAAAUACUUGAAAAAAAUAUAGAUCAAAUGACAGGUGAGAUUUUAACAACAAAGAAACGAAAUGAUGCAGAUGAAAUCACCUGUAAUUCCAUGAAUUUUCAAGUUAUGAAAGAAUUUUUAUUUUGAUCUCAAAUAAAAAUAGAAAAAAUAAAGUAUUCGAAAUCAGAAAAUCAGAAAAAAACUUUCUCAGGGACUACAAAUCUCGUUGCUUCCCUUUCUUUGGCCCGUUGGGAUGUGCCAAACGACACUCCACUUUAUUCCAUCGGAUUAUUCUAUUGUCUUCAAAAAUACCGUGGACAAUCUCACGGAAAAGUUCUUUUUCAAAAAGUUAUGGAUAUUGUAGGAAAUGAGAAUGCAACUUUAACUGGAGGUAUCUUAGAGUUUUCAUUGGAAAUUGAAAAAUUAAAUUUUUAUAGUUGUAAAGAUGGCUGACAAAUAUGCAUCUGUUUUCGGUUUCGACAAAGUUGCCGAUUUUUGGCAUAACUUUAGUUCUAUAAAAAUUGAGAAUUUAGUUAUCCCAGAAAUUGUUGAUCAGAACUACGGGACAAAGGUAAGGUUUUUAUUGGUAAAAAUUAGAAAUUCAGAUUUAAGAUCUGACGAAAUUGGUCAGGUUUUUAUUUUAUUUCUUCUAGAAUUGGUCCGAUGUUGAUCAAGACCUUCUUCAUGCUUAUGACUCUACAAUUUGCAUUAGAGAUCGUCGGAAAAUUCAAACAGCUUGGUUCAAUAUGAAAAACACCUUCACAAAAGUGGUUUUCAAUAUAAAAACAAAUCAAAUCGUUGGUUAUUCAACAAUCCGAAUUGUCUCUAAAAAUAAAUUAUCAGUAGCUCCAUUUUACGCUGAGAAUCUAGAAUCUGCAAAAGUUCUCUUAGCCGCUCUUCUUCAUCAUAUUCCACUUGUCUCAUCAUAUGCGUCAAUCGGGUUUUUGCAUCCUGCAAUUAAUCAAAACGUCAUUCCGUGAGUCAUAUAGCGUUUAGAAACUUUUUGAAAAUUAAUUUUUUGUUUAACAGACUUCUCGAAUCUUUUGCCAAAACUUCUGGAGAUGUUCAAAGUGCUCCUUUCAUCAAAUCUCAAUUCACAAAAAAAUUCCUUGAUUCACCACAUGAAAAAGUGUACUCAAUUACUGAUUGUGCACACCAAUUUGUAUAA